AUGGCUCGCUGGACGCUUCCCAGUUUAUUAUUUCUCUUGCUUCUCUGCAGCUCCAACGGACAUAUUAUUUAUGGAGGUCCAAGAAGGUUUACUGUGCUAGCUCCAGACCUGCUGAGGACAGACAGCCAGGAGAACAUCUUCCUCCAGGCAGAAGGUCUGUCCUCCCCCGUCACUGUCUCCAUCUCCAUCAUUGACUUCAGUAAGACCACCACGCUCCUGCAGGACUCCGUCACACUGAAUCUGGAAAAUGGAUUUCACACUCUCAAAACUCUUCAGCUCUCCUCGAAUGGCUUGGAACGCGAAGAAAAGAAGAACAAGUUUGUUCUUCUGAGGGUGGAUUUUAUUGGCCACCACUCGAUGGAGAAGAUACUGAUGGUGUCCUUUCACUCUGGAUACAUCUUCAUCCAGACAGACAAGCCCAUCUAUAAACCUGGAGAUACUGUUCGUUUCAGAGCGUUCACGUCCUCACCAACUUUUAAGGCCUUUAACAGCUCCGUCACAAUAGAUAUCCAGAAUCCCGACGGUGUGGUGGUUAAACAGGUCUCCAGGAUCCGAGCUUUUGAUGGCGUUUUUGCUGACACUUUUCCUCUCUCAGAAAUUGUCAAUGAAGGACAAUGGACAGUGAUUGCAAAAUUUGACCACUGGAAGCAGAACACCUUCACCUCCCAGUUCCAGGUGAAGAAAUAUGUGCUUCCUGCUUUUAAUGUUACUCUGACGCCCAGGAAAUCCUUCCUCGACCUGGAUGAUACUGAACUGGAAGUAGAGAUCUGGGCCAGAUACCUGUAUGGGGAGCCGGUCCAGGGCACGGCCUAUGUGGUGUUUGGAGUGAAGAUCAACCAAGAGAUGAGGAGGUUGCCAGCAGUGAAGCAAGUGACAGAUCUGGACGGAGGAGUGGUCAAACUGAGCAUGGAGGAGAUCAAGAGAGCUCACCCCAACAUCAGAUCUCUUGUGGGCAGCUCUUUGUAUGUGAAGGCCUCCGUGCUCACUAAGUCAGGCAGUGAUUUGGUUGAAGCAGAAAAGACUGGCAUUAAAAUUGUGGAGUCUCCGUAUGCCAUAUCCUUCAGAGACGUACCAAAGUACUUCAAGCCGGGCCUGCCCUUGGACUUCACAAUCCAAGUGAGCCAACAUGACGGUUCUCCAGCCAGAAACGUCAUAGUCAAAAUGAAAUUUCUAGACACGCCUUUGGUUGUGUCCUCCGGCACCACCAGAGCCACCGUCAACAUGCCUCCACAACAACGCGCACAAACCAUCACUGCUGAGACGGUGCAGGCUGGACUCAGACCAGAGCAGCAGGCCAAACAACAGAUCACUGUUCAGCCGUUCGCCGCCUUUAGUAGCUUUAAUCAGAACUACCUGUACAUCUCCACAGGGACCAACACAGUGUCCGUGGGAGACAGACUGUCCCUGAAGAUGAGCAUCAGUGUUGAACACCCGAUAUACAGACACACACACAUCACCUACAUGGUGCUUAAUAAAGGCAAAAUCAUUGUUGCUGAGCGUGUGGAUGUGGCAGGUCAGCUGAUCACCAGCGUCGACCUUAAUGUCACCCCGGAGAUGAUGCCCUCAUUCCGUUUUGUGGCUUUCUACCGUAUCCCCUGGAAUAGGGGUGAGGAGUUGGUGCCGGACUCCAUCUGGGUGGAUGUGGAAGAUUCCUGCGUUGGAGGGCUGAAUGUCGGGCCGGUCGACGGCGUAGGUCGAGACUACACGCCUGGGAAGAGCUUUAGUUUCCAGAUCAGAGGUGACCCGGGGGCAAAGGUCAACCUGGUGGCCGUGGACAACGCUGUGUUUCUGCUCAACAGGGACAGACUUACACAGGGGAAGAUUUGGGGCGCGGUGGAGCACGGAGACAUCGGCUGCACCCGAGGGGGAGGCCAAAAUGCCCUGGCGGUGUUCUCAGACGCUGGACUGCUCUUCGCUUCCAGCACCGGGCUCCAAACUGUUUUUAGAAAAGCUCUGAAGUGUCCAGGCAGUGCCAGAAGGAGGCGCUCUGCUGAAAAGCUGCAGCGUAAAGCCCAGCUGGAGAGUCAUUACAAAGAGAAUCUGCAGCGCCGCUGCUGUAAGGACGGCCUCAGGGAGAUCCCCAUGCCGUACUCCUGCACACGGCGCUCCCUCUACAUCACCGAGGGCUGGGAGUGCAUGAACGCUUUCCGCUACUGCUGCACCACCUACAGGAACCAGGAGAAUCACACAGAGAUUCCCACCAUCCCACCACCUUUUACAACACCUCCGCCCACCGCCACCACCCCUCAACCCAUAUCCACUCGUUAUCCCACUUUUUUUUUGGAUGGUUGGUUUGGUCGCACUAAUUUGGAACCGCACAGCGUAGAUGCUAUAGAACAAGAAGAGAUUAUUUAUCCAUCAAGAGAACUGACUGGGGUAAUGAAGAAUGUUGACCGGCCAACCCAGGCAGACAGAGACGGUGAGGGCCGAUUCAAAAUGGUUGUUGACCUGCCAACCCAGGCAGACAGAGACGGCUAUCAUAGGGACGAGGUGGGGGUGGACGAGGAGGGGGCGGACGAGGAGGAAGAGCGGGAGUAUCUGGAUGAGACUCAAGUUAGUCUACGAUCCAAGUUCUACGAGUCUUGGCUGUGGAUGGAUGUUGACCUGCCAACCCAGGCAGACAGAGACGGGAUGGCGUCUGUGAACGUUGACCACCCUUUACCUGACAGCAUCACAGAAUGGGGGGUUCUGGCCGUAAGCGCCUCACCUCACACAGGUUUCUGUGUAGCUGAGCCUUACAACGUCAAAGCAUGGAAACGUUUCUUCGUUGAUCUGAAGCUGCCGUAUUCAGUGGCGAGGAAUGAGCAGGUCGAGAUCAAGGCUGUGGUCCAUAACUACGGCUACGACGAACUGCAUGUGAGGGUGGUUCUGAUGAAGACAGAGGGCAUGUGUAGCAUUGCCUUUAAAGACAGACACACACAGGAAGUGAUGCUGGCGGCCGGCGCUUCUGUUGCGUUGCCUUACACCAUCGUACCGCUGGUGGUGGGGAAACUCCCUCUGGAGGUGAUGGUGGUAGCCAGAGGCGCAAUGGGAGGAGACCGCAUCCAGAAGCUUCUAAAUGUGGUGAUGGAUGGAGUCCAGAAGACUGAAGUUUGGAGUGCGGUGUUGAACCCGUCGGCUGAGGGAGGAACUCAGACGGUUAGUGUGGCCAGGGUCAACCUGGACUCAGUUGUGCCAAACUCUGUACCAGAGAUGUUCAUCAAUGUGAGAGGUAAUGUGUUGGCAGACAGCAUUGAUAACUCCAUCAGCGAGGACUCUCUGGCCUCCCUGAUCAGGAUGCCCGGCGGCUGUGUGGAGCAGAACUUGGCCAGCAUCACUCUGCCACUCAUCGCCACCCUCUACCUAGAGACCACCGACAGCUGGGAGAGUGUCGGCGUGCAGCGCAAAGCUGAGGCUCUCCGCUACAUCAGGAGAGGCUAUGAGACCCAGCUGGCGUACAGAAAGAGUGACGGUUCUUAUCCCCCCUACAUGAGGGAAGGCGCAAGUACAUGGAUCACAGCGUACGUGGUGAAAGUGUUCUCCAUGGCUCCCUCCAUCGUUGGAAUCAACGAGCAGCAAGUGUGCGAGCCCCUGCUCUUCCUGGUCAACAACAAACACAAGAUGUCUAGGGGGAACUUCGUAGAGGACAACCCAGUUUACAGCACCACCAUGACAGGCGGUCUUCGUGGAGAUGACCCUGAGACGACCCUGACCGCCUUCGUCCUGAUAGCACUCGCCGAGGCCAAGCAUGCCGGGAUCAGCUGCGUUAGUCCAAGCUUAUCAGUAAGAACAGCUGAAUGCCUGAAGAGAGCGCUGGUGACGACGGGCAGGAGGCCCUACACUGUGGCCAUCGCCUCCUACGCACUGGCUCUGCUGGGGAAAGAUCAAAACUACAACCCGACACAAUCUUUACUCAGUGCUGCAGCUCCAGGUGGCAGCCACUGGCCCGACAGUAAGAACACCUUGUUCACCUUGGAGGGGACCGGCUACGCCCUGCUGGCUCUGGUCAAGUUGGGACGCAUGGAGGAAGCUGCAGCGCCGUUUAAAUGGUUGAACAGCCAGCGGAGGAGAGGGGGGGGCUUCGGCUCCACUCAGUCCACCAUGGUGGUGCUUCAGGCUCUGUCAGAGUACCUGAUCCACAAACCUCCUCCUGCUGAUCUCAGUCUGGACGUGGACGUCAGGUUAAGAGGACGCAAGGAAAUCCGUUACCAUUUCAGCCCCGAGAAUUCCUACGCUGCUCGCUCCUCCAGGCUGCCUGCUGGUCUGGAUUUGGAAGUGGAGGCUCGAGGGAAUGGACAGGGAAUACUGGAGGUUGUGACUUAUUACAACCAGCUGCAUGAGGUCGAUGAGAAAAUGCCCUGCAAAGACUUUGAGCUCAAAGUCAACAUAGAAGAAUCCAGCGAAAAACCUCCAGCAGAUGUAGAGAAGUCCUACCAGAUCACCAUCAAAGUGAGGGCUUUAGGACCUAGAGAUGUCCGGAUGGUGGUUCUGGAUAUCAGUCUGCCCACCGGCUUCACUCCAGAAAACUCCGACCUGGAGAUGUUGUCAAACUCCGUGGACCAUUACAUCAAUGACUUCAAGUUCGUUGAUAACCUGAGUGACAGAGGCUCUCUGAUCAUCCACCUGUUCAAGGUGUCUCACAAAGAGCCAGAGAUCCUGAUCUUCAGGCUGCAGCAGAGGUUCAAAGUGGGCCUCCUGCAGCCGUCCUCAGUCACCGUCUAUGAGUAUUACAACCCAGAUCACCGCUGCACUCACACCUACACCCCCAGGGAGGACCGAGAGGAGCUCACUCAGAUCUGCAAAGACAACGUCUGCCGCUGCACGCAGGGUGACUGCUGCGUCCCAAAGAGCGAAAGUGAAAGAUUUCUGAACAAAGAAAGAGAGACGUUUGCCUGCACGACUCUACACCACGUUUUCCAGGUGAAGGUGCUGAGUGUGACUCAGAGUUACUACGACAAAUACGAGAUGGAGAUCACACAAGUUAUCAAGCUGGGUGUGGAGUCUGGAGUUGAGGUGGGUCAGAAGAGGGUCUUCAUGUCUCACGGAGGCUGCAGAGAUGACCUGAACCUGCAGCAGGGCUCCCAGUACCUCGUCAUGGGGCCCAAAGAGGACCAGUGGAACAUCGACACUGACACCAACAGGUUCAUCUACAUGUUGGGGAAGGACACCUGGGUGGAGCGCUGGCCGACGCCUACAGAGUGCUCCAGCAGUCCUGAACUGCAAGCUAAAUGCAAGACCCUCCAUGAUACUGCAGAUAAACUCUCUGUCAACGCCUGCAGGCUGUAUAGCUGUGGGAGAUGCAACUGCACACCUUCACAUGUGCCACUGUGAAGACAACUGUGCACGUAAAGAUGCAAAGAUCAUUUUAGGGCUAAAGCCUGUAGAAAAGGGAUUGAAUAACAUGUUGUUUGUGUUUCAAAAUGUAAAGAAUUAACUGUAGGUGCAGUUUUUGUUUGUCAACCCGUACCCAUACAGUUCUUUUGUAACUGUAAUGAUAUCAUAAAAGUAAAGACUUAAUACGACUAGCUGCCACAAAUGAAUAAAACAUCACAGCUUCAUUAUUAUAGCUUUUAUUCAAUGGUUCAAAGGAGUAUGCCUAACAUAACAAGAGCUCAAAUAUAAAGUACUGUUGACAAAGGUUUAAGUACAACAUGAUAUAGCAAAACACAUCGGUCUGUAUACUCUUCAUUUCAAAUUGAAAGGUUGUCUCAUGUUUUACAAGUUAACAAGUUAGUUAAAUUGUUGUAUUUUUGGUAAAAUGGAAAGGGUGCACAAGGGUGUCUCUUAUUCCCUCUGAAUAAUGACAUGUAGAGUCGUAUCUAUCUACUCCGUGCUUAAACACCAAUCCAGAGAACAAAUAAAAGAUUUAAAAAGUG